GUCAUGAAGAGAAGGGGGUGACGCGAAUUUGCCUGGAGAAGUAGGAAGUUUUGAAAUUUUCAGCGGGAUUUAUUGCCAGCAGCUGCGGAAGGUUUUGCAAAGCCAACCAUUGGUGUUAGAAUGGACAAAAUGCCUCAAACUUAAGUGGUUGAUUUGCUGCAGUUUGAAGGCUGAGUUGGUUCAGAGGUGUCAGCAGAACAGCAGAGCCAGUACAAGAGAAGUGGUGAGGGUACAUGAAGAAUGAUCGCUGCUCAAAACAGUAGCCAUACUAAGUGAACAGAGUGGAAGCAUAUGGAUGAAAUUCUUACCAUGCACUGAACAGCACGGCAUCAAGCGCAAAGCUCUGGGAAAAUGUCUGCUUGCAACACUUUCACUGAACACGUCUGGAAACCUGGUGAAUGUAAGAACUGCUUCAAGCCCAAAAGCUUGCAUCAGUUACCCCCGGUAUCUGAAAAAAAAACCCUCUCACAUGGCAAUCUGAAAACCAAUGCAAACCAAAGUAACAGCCAUCGUGGGAGAAAUACAGGAAAUUUCCGACCACCUGUGGCAAAGAAACCCACUAUAGCUGUGAAACCCACCAUGAUGGUAGUAGAUGGGCAGGGCGUAUGUGGUGAAAUCAGCACACCGGAUCAUUGUGAGAAUAAAUCAGUGCCCGCAGGUUGGAACCGAAACAAAGCUGUCUUGAACAAAAAACCACUGAACAAUAAUAAUGAAGACGAAAUUGAAGGUUAUAGCCAUGUUCAUAGGCCCUAUGGCAACAAUGAUGGUGUAGGUAAGAUACCAAAUAACAAUAAUAAUGGACUGACAGAAGUUUUGAAGGAGAUUGCGGGUUUGGAUACCACACCUCAGCUAACUGGAAAUGAAAUGAACUCAAGAGAAACCUUCUUGGGAAGAAUAAAUAAUUGUUAUAAAAGAUCAUUAGAAAGAAAGAUCCCUCCAAGCUGCAUGAUGGGUGGAAUGAAGGAUUCACACAGCAAGCACGUUAUUCUGAGUGGAAGCACUGAAGUAAUAAGUAAUGAAGGUGGCCGUUUCUGUUAUCCAGAGUUUUCUAGUGGAGACGAGAGUGAGGAUGACACGUUUUUUGGCAGCAUGCAAGAAGAGCAUGAGAGCUGGGAUGAAAGUGAUGAAGAGUUGCUAGCAAUGGAAAUUCGUAUGAGGGGCCAACCUCGCUUUGCUAAUUUUAGAGCUAACACCCUAUCUCCUGUUCAGUUCUGUGUUGACAAAAAAUGGAAUACUGUGCCCCUUAGAAACAAGUCUCUCCAGCGGAUCUGUGCAGUAGAUUAUGACGACAGUUAUGAUGAAAUUUUAAAUGGUUAUGGGGAAGAGACUGUGAUUCUUUAUGGGCAAGAGAGCAUGCAGAGCAUGGUGUCUUCUGAUUCUACAUCUCCUGAUUCUUCUUUGACAGAAGAGUCUCGUUCUGGAACAACCAGCAGUUCUUCACAGAAGCUCUGUAAUGGAGGGUUAUCUCCUAGUACUCCUCAGGACCUCAAAUUGAUUGAACCAGAAUAUGAAAGUCUUUGUGAUAAUCAACAAGUGAAGGAUGUGUCAAAAGCUCCCAGAAAUGUUCCGAAAAGUCUAGAAACUCACAAGGCAGUCCUUGCGCUUCGACUGGAAGAGAAGGAUGGCAAAAUUGCUGUGCAGACUGAUAAGCAAGAGAAUAAAAGUUCUUCAGAUGUUGCUGGUCAAUCUGUAACUAUAAAUUUGGUGCCUGUGGAAGAGCAAGCUAAACCUUACCGGGUGGUGAAUAUGGAACAACCGGUUUGCAAGCCAUAUACUAUAGUAGAUGUAUCAGCUGCCAUGACCAAUGAAUGUAAGGAGAAUCAGACUGAACCCUCAGAAACCAAAAAUACGUCAUCUAACCCAAGCUCACCAGUAACUCCAGGCACACCUAUUACAUCCUCUGCAGCAUCACCUGUACGAGUAAAUGCUAAUCUGAAAAAAUCCAGUGCAAUCAGAUAUCAAGAAGUGUGGACUUCUAGUACUAGUCCAAGACAGAAGAUACCUAAGGUGGAGUUAAUUGCUAACAGCUCAGGACCUUCUGUUCCUCCCAGGAAGACAAGCCACAAGUCAGCUCCUACUUCACCUACAGCUACAAACAUUUCUUCAAAAACUAUCCCGGUUAAGUCUCCCAAUUUAUCUGAGAUAAAAUUCAACAGCUACAAUAACGCUGGCAUGCCACCUUUUCCUAUUAUCAUUCAUGAUGAGCCCACUUACGCUAAGAGUUCUAAAAAUGCUAUUAAAGUUCCUAUUGUAAUCAAUCCAAAUGCAUAUGAUAACCUGGCUAUCUAUAAAAGUUUUCUAGGGACCAGCGGAGAGCUAUCCAUCAAAGAUAAAACUACUAGUGUAAUAAGCCACACAUAUGAAGAAAUAGAAACAGAAAGCAAAAUGACUGAAGCCAUAGGAAGUAAACCCACGGAAUUGUCCCAAGUGAAGGGGGUGACUAAUAGCUCUGAAUGCAGGCUGGGUUCUGUGGCUCAAAAGGUCCAAGAGUUUAAUAGCUGUCUCGGUAAAAGUCAGAUAUCACCACAGAGAAGUCAUAGUUCUGACCACAGCUCCCCAUCAAGAGUUCAAAAGACAACACAAGAGCCUGCAGCAAAAAUAGACGUAACACCAGAGGCUUCUGUUGGCAGCAGCAGCGGUAGAGAGAAUGCAAGCACGGUGCUUUCACAGAUUGUGGCUUCUAUCCAGCCUCCGCAGUCUCCUCCAGAAACGCCUCAGUCUGGACCAAAGUCUUGUAGCGUAGAAGAACUGUAUUCCUUACCCCCUGAUGCAGAUGCUACUAAAAACACCCUGGUACGACCCAAAUCUCUGUUUACGUCACAGUCUGAAAUAGAGUCAUCCAAGACAGUGGAAAACACUGCCAUUAAAAUGCAGAAAGAGUCACUUUCACAGCCAGUUGCCACUCACUCUCCAAAGCCAGUGAGAGCCACCCCAAAUACCACAAGUCCCAAAACAGAGCAAGCGCCGCCAUUUCCUCCUCCGCGGUCCACUUCUUCACCCUAUCAUGCAAGUAACCUGUUGCAAAGACAUUUCAGCAAUUGGACCAAACCAAACAGUCCCACCAGGUCGACAGAGGCUGAGUCAAUCCUUCAUUCAGAAGGCCGCCGAGCUGCUGAUGCGAAACCCAAACGCUGGAUAUCAUUUAAGAGCUUCUUCCGCCGCAGGAAAACUGACGAUGAGGAAGACAAAGAGAAAGAACGAGAGAAAGGAAAAUUGGUGGGUCUUGAUGGAACUGUUAUACAUAUGCUCCCCCCUCCUCCAGUUCAACGUCAUCACUGGUUCAGUGAGGCAAAGUCAGACUCCAGUGAGAAGCCGUCGAUUGUUUUCAUGUAUAGAUGUGAACCGGCACAGGCUGAACCAAAGGCUGACCAUCAAAACAAGAGUGGAGCAGAGUCUGCUAUCGCCGAUGCGCUAGCAAAAGACAAAGGAGAAACACAGGAAAACUCGCCAGAGAGCUCUGAACAGAAAAUAGCGAGCCAUUCAUCACCACCUCGGAUUCCCAAGAAAAUCCCCAGCACAUCAGAACACUGUGGAAUCAAUGGCUCGCCAGAGUUUCAAGACAUGAUUAAAAGACUCAAGAAGGCCCUGAAAGAAUUUCCUUUAAUGGGGAAUUGUGUGAGUGAGUACAGUGGUCAAGUGCCCGAUGAUACGACACUGGAGGAUUUGUCCCCCCGUGUUCCUAGAGCCGUAUUUGUGAAGCAAGACAAUGGCGGCAGUGCCUCGGUCAUACCAGUAUCAUCUGUCCGUGUCCCACAAGGGGAGGAAGAAAAGGAAGAAGCUUCAAAUUCUCCUGACUUAAAUCCUUGCAGUGCUACAUACAGCAAUUUAGGACAGUCUAGAGCAGCCAUGAUACCUCCGAAACAGCCGAGGCAACCGAAGGGAGCUUUGGAUGAUGCCAUUGCCUUUGGAGGACUAGUAGACCAGGAGACAGUGAACAACUUACAGCCAACACCACCUCCACUGCCAAAGAAAACAAUUUUGAGAGCUAACACAGAGCCGACUCCCAGAGAUCUCCAGAAGCAGGCUCUGGAGAACAACCUGUGCAUUGUGGCCAAUCCCACCUAUGACAUUGACACCAACUGGGAAGCAAGCAGCGCCUGCUCUUCAGUCAGCCUGGAGCUCAAGGUACUGGACAAUGAGUCAGGAGAUUCCUUGGACAGGCCUACAGAAAAACUAAGGGCAACCACCUCAGCAACUAACAGUGUUUCCAGCCUAACCACUAUCAGUAUUAAGGACCGGUGUUCCAAUAGCAUGGAGUCUCUAACAGGGAGACGCAUCUCGCAGACUAAGCAGGGCAAAGGUGUCCAGAAGCCGCAAAGGCAAGCACUUUAUCGAGGAAUUGAAAACCGAGAAGAGGUGGUAGGUAAAAUCCGAAGCCUUCACACUGAUUCACUGAAGAAGCUGGCACUUAAAUGUGAAGACUUGUUCAUGGCCGGACAAAAAGACCAGCUGCGAUUCGGGGUGGACAGCUGGUCGGAUUUCAGGCUAACCAGUGACAAGCCAUGCUGCGAGGCAGGCGAUGCGGUUUACUACCCAGCUUCUUAUGCAAAAGAUCCUCUCAACAAUUAUGCAGUCAAGAUUUGUAAGAGCAAAGCUAAGGAAUCCCAGCAGUAUUAUCACAGCCUAUCUAUCCGGCAGAGUCUGGCUAUCAACUUUAACAUCCAACAGGACUGUGGCCAUUUCCUUGCUGAAGUGCCAGUUCGCCUCCUUCCAUGGGAGGACGCCGAUGCACCGGAGGUGGAAGAAGAAGAGCGGGAAGAAGAGGAUAAAGAGUCUGAGCAAAAGAACAGAGACACUCCUUCCAAUACAGAGGCUUCACAGAAAGACAGCUCAAGCAACCAGGGGACCAUCAGCAAGCCACGCAGCCGUGUUGUGGUCAUCACACGGGAGGUCCCGUACUUAACAGUAGCCGACUUUGUGCGAGAAUCUGCACCCCGCCAUGCAAAAAGCCCAGAUUUAUAUGAGAGGCAGGUCUGUCUUCUCCUUUUACAGCUGUGUUUGGGUCUGGAGCACCUGAAACCCUAUCAUAUCACACACUGUGAUCUGCGGUUAGAGAACCUGCUGCUGGUUCAUUCCAGACCAGGAGGCAGCCCUCUGAGCUCUGAGUCCAUGGAACCCAGUCCCAACACUGCUUGCCCGGCCAGAUUAAUAGUGAGCAAUUUCUCCCAGGCCAAGCAGAAGAGUCAUAUGGUAGAUCCUGAGGUCCUACGGGAUCAGUCCCGCCUGGCUCCAGAAAUCAUCACUGCAACACAGUACAAAAAGUGUGAUGAGUUCCAGACUGGCAUCCUCAUCUAUGAAAUGCUGCACUUACCCAAUCCCUUUGAUGAGAAUCCAGAGCUGAAGGAGAAGGAGUAUACUCGUGCUGAUCUCCCCAAGAUUCCUUGCCGUUCCCUCUACUCUCAAGGGCUUCAACAACUUGCCAGCUGCCUGCUGAAUCCCAACCCUUCAGAGAGGAUCCUGAUAUCAGAAGCCAAGGGAAUCCUUCAGUGUUUGCUUUGGGGUCCACGUGAGGACUUGUUCCAUGCUCUAAGUACAUCUUCCACCCCCUCACGGAGAGAUGCUGUACUUCAGAACUGGCUGGAUAUCAAAAGGACGCUGCUGAUGAUCAAGUUUGCAGAGAAGUCCUUGGACAGGGACUGUGGAGUUAUUCUGGAAGACUGGCUUUGUUGUCAAUAUCUGGCUUUUGCCACUAUAGACUCACUUCAUCGCAUUGUGAGAAUCAUGCAGCAGCACUAGUUUGUAGAGCCUGUCGCUUUUCAUGAAGCACCCCCCCACCUCCACCCCAGCCCUCACUCCAGCCAGCCCUAGGGCUCGCACUUUGUACAAGUGUUAAAAAAUAGCCAAGAUAUCAAAGCCAGCAACUCUGAGCAAAUAGGUUCUAAUUAGAGAAAUUGCAUCCUGUACGCAAUAUGACAGAAACUUUACUUUUUUGCCAGGCCUGUUAGGGAUUGAUUAUAUAUACAUGACUGCAUUUGGAUCAGACAGUAUGUAACUUGAUUAAUAUCUGGCUGAAAAGGAGAGCAAACUUCGAUACCACUAUUUCUACCACUGCAGUAAACAAAUUGCCCUCCUCUUCUGGGUAGUUUCUGUCAUUUCCGUAUGUAGCAUUGGUUAGUGAAUAGCAGUGACCAUAAGCAGAAAUGGAUUAGUUGUAAAUGUGAGACGAAUGAUCCACUGUGCCACAAAACACUCAUUUGCUUCCAUUCCACAUACCAUGCAAAAUUUUCUCUCAGCUUAGUCCCCCACAAGUGGGCUGGACUCCUCUUCCCUUUGGUCUCAACCAAACAGAUUCUGAUCUUUCUCUUACACUUUACACCUUCUUUUUUUCCUCCCCAGAUGUGGUUAUCCUGCUCACUGCGGCAAGUGUCAGUGGGCAGUAAACAUCUGUGUUCAGUCUUAUUCCCUCCUUCUCUGCCUCUGACUCACUGCCUAUCCAUAUCCUUUCUAACCACGGAUCCAUGAUUUCAACAAUACUGCUUUAAUCAGACCGUUAUCCUCAGCUUAAGACCUCUGCAUUAAAAAGCAGAAUAUGCACACUUUGUCUAUCCCCUUUCCUACAUGACAUUCACCAGUCUGGACUGCUGAUGUACUGUAGCUAUAACCACGUUUAUACAAGAACAAUACAACACAUGGUGGGCAAUUGAAAUUCCGCUUCUAUCACAAAAGGCGCUAAAGCCUGACUUGAAAUGGAUAGGACGUACAUAACCUUCUCUGACAAUCACUGCUAUGAAUCGGGGAUGAAAAUAACAGCCACUUCUUCUGUUUUAUGUUGGUUUGCUCUUGUCACUUGUGCCAUAUUGCAAAGUGGGACUGAAAUUGGCUCUGCUGGUAUGUUGGCAGGAGAUAGAAAUGUUUAGAGCUUGUCUGUGUGUAGCUAACAGGCCACAUGGAGACACUUUUACUGCAGACACAGUUCUCUGAAGGGUACAAACAAGGGGGCAAAAACACUGUUGUUUAAUUAUUGAGGGAGCUGUUAAGUUUGGCAGCCACAACUAACAGUAUCGUGAUCCAUUUUUCCCACAGCGGUGUUUGGCUGCAUAUUUCUUGUCUGUUGUAACUAGUGUUUUCUGAUGUUGCUAUAGACAACACCCUAAAAGUGGAAUGUUGUCAGAAUAGCUCAAAGA